AGGCGGGUAUAUGAAGUGUAUACGCGGCACGCUCGUCGCCCACCUCGCACUCAUCCACCCGUCGUCAUGUGGCGAGCACUCCCGCUCUUGAUCUGCGCCGCGGUCGCCCUCCGCGCAGGUGAGUUUCGUUCAAAUGCCGGGCGACCGGCGACAGGCCGAGCCAUUCAAAGACCCUUCCGCUUUUCAGAUGCCGACAACAAAUCUUCCUUCUACAGAAGGCCUCAUUGCAGUGGCACCACCUUGUCCCGAGCGUGCCCGCUGGAUUACUCGCCAGUGUGCGGGAGCGACGGCGUCACGUACCCCAAUGAAUGCGCUCUGUGCGUCCGCAGACUGGAGGAGAAGAAGUUGGACAUUGUGAUCAUGAAGGACGGCCCCUGCUGAUGACAUGGCAUUUUUUUCAUUGUAUUCUCUCAAGUAUGCGUUGGUCCAUUUUUCACAGCGUCCCUUCAAAGAAGACUAGCGACUCUUUCUUUCUCGAGAAAAACAAAGAGUGAUUUGAAAUGUGACACACUGUAUCCAAAUGAAAUAAAGGAUGUCUACGUGUCAACACGCUGA